UUUUUUCUUUUCUUGUUUCUGAAUCUAAAUCCGAUUAAAAUUCUUGACUAGUAUCUCGUUAUGUAAAGCAGUCGCAAGUGAAGAACAUUUCUCAAAGAAGAGUAAGCAGACGGAGUCAACAACAUAUCGAUACUCAUCCCCGCUGCGCCUUGCAACCGAUACACUCCAAACCCAGCUCACGUCACUUCAUUCCAUAGAGAUCAAUGUCGCAUGUCCAGCCCUUUCAAACCUUGCAGAGCUCCAUUAUUUCAAGAGAGAUUCAUACGACUAUGGCAAUUUGUUUUAGCUCUAGACUGUGGUCUCCUUCGAAACCCAUGAAUCGCCACUUCACAGCUGCUAGUUUUCAACUGCAGCUAUAUAGAAUUGAAUUUUAAGUCCCAACAUCAGCUCCGGUGCCGAGGAUUCUCGAUUUCGUGAAGUGAGUUGGCUUGCUUUGGUUAUGGUGCUACGUUUGGAUCGCGGUUUCGGUGCUUGGUCGAGGCUAGAGUGAACUUCGCGACUCUAAAAGGAUAUGAGAGUAGCAGAUGUGGAGGAGGAAAGUCUCAUCCUGCUCCGAUGGAUAUAUUGCUGCCCGGGUGAAGUUAAGAUUUGUUCACUGAUUUUCGGAUUGCAAUAGCCAGGACAUGGUGAUGUCUACAUGAUUAAUGUUCGGAGGUUUUAUUUAUCACUAUUCUGCUAGGAUGAAGGUUUUUCUACCAGGGUAUUGAAGCGGUUCACGGCUCUGCCAGCAGGUCGAAACAUGUGAAUGCCGUACAUAGAGUUGUAGAGCCAAUUUGGUGCUACAAGUAGUUUUUAGCUUGUGCAAUAGCUCUAGAGUGAGAAUGCAUUGUCGCAUUUAGUUCCGGCUAUCGGGUGAAAUCCUUACACUUGUGUUGAUUCAUCUCCUUUGAGUGAAGAAAUUCUGGAAUUAAAAAGCAGGAAGCAUGGCGAAUGCAGCGGUCUUUGACUCGUUUUUCCGAAUGGCGGAUCUAGAUCGCGAUGGUCGUAUCAGUGGGAGUGAAGCAGUUGGGUUUUUUCAGGGCUCUGGGCUACCGCAAGCCACUCUCGCAAAGGUCUGGCAAUUUUCGGAUCGAAGUCACACAGGCUUUCUGUCACGGCACGAGUUCAACAACGCAUUGAAACUGGUGACAAUAGCACAAACGGGGAGAGACCUUACACCAGAGUUGGUGAAUGGAGCUUUGAACGGUCCGACAAGUUCACACAUUCCUCCUCCACGGAUUAAUACACCGACUCCACCAUCUCCUCCAGCUCGGGCUCCAUCAGUUGCUUCACAGGGGAGUUAUGCGCAGCAGUUUCCAGCACAAAAUGAUCAAGCUUAUCAGCUUAGCACAUGGGGUGGGUAUAGUGACACCCCACAGUUUGCUUCACUUCGCGGUGGUGUCCCAGCAAUGUCUAAACCACAAGGGUGUUACUCUUCCGUUGGUAAUAUAUCUCAGGGGACACCGUCACUACCACAGCAAUCCAGGCCUAGUUUUCCUUCGACUGGACAAGGGAUGACGGAGACCAGGCCGACCUUAGGAGGUUUGAUGGGUACUUACUCGCAUCUAUCUGGUGCACAGUUUUCCAGCGUCAUUGGUUCAGCUGGUUCGGGGUUGCAAUCUGCUGCAGAUUCAAGGUUUCCAGGACCUAAUACUUCAAGCGCCCUACUAUCGACAGGAGGUUCUUUGCCGAGCUCAACGAGCUUGUCUGCUUUCCAAGCAGGGGGAGCUGGAGGUCUCAAGACUGGACCGGAGUCUACAAGUAUCGGGGAUCUAUAUGGGACGCCAGCAUCGACAAGUCUAGCUGCUGGUAGCUAUUCGAUAAAGGCGAAGUCUACUUCAGAAGCACAAGGCUUCGGAGUAACGUCCCGGAGAAGCUCUGUUGAUCCUGUGGCGCUUGCACCCACAACACUUUCCUCUUCAACCAGCUUAGUCGCUAAUUCUACUCGUUUUUCACAGACCCCGCUGAUGGGUCCUGUAUACGGUACCAGACCCCUAAAUGAACCAGCGGUGACUCCUCCUUGGCCUCGGAUGAAUCAAAGUGACGUUCAGCGAUACACGCGUGUGUUCAGCAAGGUGGACACUGAUCGCGAUGGGAAGAUCACCGGAGAGCAAGCUCGCGCACUUUUCCUCAGCUGGCAACAACCGAGAAAUAUUCUGAAGCAGGUCUGGAGUCUUUCCGAUCAAGAUGGUGAUAGCAUGAUGUCGGUACGCGAGUUUUGUACAGCGCUGUAUCUUAUGGAGCGUUUUAGGGAAGGCCGAUCUCUUCCUAGCAAGCUUCCACCGGGCAUCCACCUUGAUGAUCCGCCUACUCUUGAUGAGCAGAUGUCUUCAACUCCUCGUCCUGGCUAUAGUUGUGCUAAUUGGCAGAACCGAGAGAACACGCCGCAAGUGGGUCCAGGAUAUACGCCAGCACCGAAACGUGCUACGUUAUUGACCACUCGAGAAGCACAAACUCGUCUCCAAAAUUUAACUCCAAGCGGAGGAACUAAUGUUGAUUCCCUUAUGGAUUCUUUCUGGAAAUUCAACGAUUCAAAUGGGAAAAGGCAGCCUGCUAAAGAAGCUCCAAGUGCCAUUCGAAGGGGACUGGAAAUAUCUCAGAAUGAAGUGAGGGUGGAAACGAAGCUGAUGGAGCCAAGACAGAAGGCAGCGUACUACCGAACCAAGCUCCAAGAAGUCGUUCUGUUCAAAACUAAAUGUGACAAUAAGAUCACAGAGACAACUGAGAGAACUGCUGCAGGCAAGCGAGAGGUGGAGUCAUUGGCAAAGAAAUACGAUGAGAAGUUUAAAGCUGCAGCAGAAUUGAAUGCCCAGUUAGCUGUUCAGAAUUCAGCUCUUCGAGAAACUCAGGAGAAAAAAUUGGAGCUUCUAGAUGCACUUUUCAAGAUGGACAAUGGUGGUGAUCCUAACGCCCUUCUUCAGAAAAGAGCAGAUCACCUUGCAACAGACCUGGAUAAAUUAAAGAUAGCACUUCGUGGUCGUUGUCAACGUCUUGGUGUGAAAGUUAGAGAGAGCAUUCCAAUGGAGAUGCCUUUUGGCUGGACCCAAAACCUUCAAGAGAAAGCUGCUGAGUGGAGCGAAUGGGGUGAACUGGAGGAUCCAGAGUUUUCUGUGGUCAAAAAUCUGACGAAUGAGGUGCCUUCCGUAGAGAAGCCAUGCGCUGCUGCCAGUUGGGGUAAUAAGCCAGAGAAAUCAGUUGAGAAUGACUAUUAUCAUGUCCCUAACAACAAUAACAGUGCAGGAAAGGAAACUGCACUGCCACCUGAAUCAGCCAAAGAUAUGCUCUCUCCACUUCGUAAUGAAACUCCAGCAAGGAAGGUAGUGAGCUUCAGCGAUGAUGUCUUGUUAUUUAAGCCUUCUUCCGACUUAGAAAUUCGUCGAAACCGGCCAACUUUUUCGGUCUCAACAACCAAUCCUUCUGAAAGAAGUGCAAAUGCAACAGAAGAGCAGGAGUUUGAAUCAAGUGUAUCCAAUGGUUCUCCAGCAUCCAGCCCUCCCACAAGCAGUCCGGGAACAGAGCGAGGCUCUAUCGCUCCCGAUGCCUUUAGUGGAAUUGGCUCCUCUUGGGGCUUUGCAUGGAACGACAACGAUGUCGAUUCAGGUCCACGAACUUCGUGGAAUGUGCAGAGUAAACCAUUCAGCACGCAGGAACCUCUGGAAGUCGCUAACCAGCGUGGUUUAAUACGAUUCAGUGGCUCUAGAAGUUCCGUGGUACCAGAUGAUGAUUCCUUUGACUUGGACUCACCACGCGCAUUAACAGUUGGAAGAUCCUCUAGCCCCGCACAGCCACAUGAAAGAAAUGUAACGAAUCUCAGUCGUAGUAUCGACUCUUUUAUGACGGUUGCACCGUUAGCUAUAAAAGAUUCCAACAAAAAAUUAUCACCAUCCGGGGGGGACCCAAGCCCAAAAGCUGCUCCUACUCCAUCACCAGUUUCUCCAAGCCCAAAAGCUAACUCCACUCCAACACUAGUUAGUGCAAGCUCAAAAGCUGCUCCCACUCCAUCAUCAGUUAGUGCGAACCCCAAACCUGCUCCCACUCCAACACAAGUUGGUGCAAAUCCAAAAGCCUCCAAGCGAAACAGCGGAUUCUUUCGGUUCUUUGGAACGAACCAGUCCCGUAACCGCAAGCAGAGAUCCAGCUAAAUACACAACGCAUGGGAUGUUCUAGCAUUUGGUACUCUCAACCCUGCAUCGCCUCACCACCGCUUCCACAGACGAAGUCACAAAUAGCCCAUGUAAGACGUCGGCAUGCACUGACUGGUGAGAAAUGACCCUGCAGCUUUUAUAAACUGGCUAGAUUCCUGCACCAGUCUUCAAACAAACGAAGCACACAGCAGUGAGUUGCUCUCUACCGACAAGCUGGAUCUAGAUUCUGAGCGACAUGACUUUUCAGUGCAAAACAAGCGCAUGCUUCUGACGAUUGGCAAGGUUUUUGUCGUUGUUUUUGAGGAUGAUUGGUUCAUGUUUUGUGUGCUACUCUGGCACACAGGGCUUGUCUCACCACCUUGCUGUGGGUCUCCUUACUGUGGUUUACAUACAGAUUCAUUUGAUGUAGCUCUUUAGUGUAGGUCUUUGAUCAUUAGAGUGUCAAGUCCCAGUGCAGGGUACUUGUGUGAAGAAUAAAUAGCAAGCUUCAUUAACUAGUAAGUGUGUGCGUUGGAUGCUCAUACUGCUCUUCCAAAUGGGUGAGCCCUUGAGAUCAUUGCGAUUAUUAGGAUGCUUAUGAUAUUUUCAAAUGGGUGAGCCCUUCGACGAAAUCAGAUUUCUUUCUUUGCCGUCAAAGAUUGUGCAGGGAAGGAACUUUUGUCUCCCUCUUUGCAACCUA